GCUGCUAGGUCGCAGCCCGAGGGAGUGGAGUGAAGUGCGGCCCCUAGCCCUCGGCGCUCUUGGCCACACUCGGCAUUGGCCACGGCCGCUUCGGCAGAGCGAUGACUGAGGAGGACUCUGAACCCUCUGUCUCCGAGUUGCAGGUGGAGGAGGAGAACGAGCUGUCAGUUAUCCAGCUGUGCGGGCUGGUGGAAGAGCUGAGCUAUGGAAACUCUGCCCUCAAAACUGAGACAGAGAUGUUUGAGAAAUAUUACAGUAAACUGGAGCCCAAGGAUCAAGUGCCACGAUCAUCAGAAAUUAAAACACUGGGAGCAGAAUUUGCACAAUUACGAGGCAAGCGUAAAUCCAGAUCCCGCAAAGGUACGGACCAUGUGCUAGGCCUCAGUGUUGACCAGAAAUGUGAGCUUGUACAAAAAGAGCUGGAAGACACAAAGGAAGAAAUAAGGCAUAUGAGGGCCAAUGCCGAAUGGGACCUGCAGCGUCAUGAGGCUAUCAUUGAGGAAGCAGAAAUGCGAUGGACUGAAGUUCAGGGAGCGGUACAGGAGUUUAAAAAAGAUAUUCUAAAAACCAUAUCCAAGAAGAAAGGGAGUAUUUUGGCCACUGAGAAAGUGAUGAAGUACAUUGAGGACAUGAACCGCCAGAGGGAUAAUAUGAAGGAUAAAUUACGUUUGAAAAAUGUUUCUCUCAAAGUCCAAAGGAAAAAGAUGCUUUUACAAUUGAGGCAGAAGGAAGAGGUGGGUGAGGCUCUCCAUGAAGUUGAUUUUCAGCAGCUGCAGAUCGAGAAUGCUCAGUUUUUAGACACAAUUGAAGCAAGGAAUCAAGAACUGAUCCGGCUGAAACUGGUAUCUGGAAACACCUUGCAAGUCCUCAACACAUACAAAAGCAAGCUACAGCGAGCAAUGGAAAUGUCCAUCAAUCUGGACAAGGAGAUCUUGCUGAGAAAUGAAUUACUUGAAAAAAUUGAAAGAGAAACCCUACAAGCAGAGGAGGACCAGGCCAAAGCUGAGGCCUUGAACAAGAAGCUCCGAAAGCAGCUAGCCGAGUUCCGAGCGCCACAGGUGAUGGUGUAUGUCCGGGAGAAGAUCUUAAAUGGGGACCUGGAGAAGACCAUCAAGACGUGGGAAAGGAAAGUGGAGAUUGCAGAGGUAAGUCACAGAUUCCCAAGACAGCAGUCUUUUGUGCCCUUCACAUUUUUAUCUAGGAUUUUGUUUUUGGAGCUAAGAAUACAGAUAUUUGGACUUGUAACAUCCAUAGAGAAUCUCAGUUACUUCAGCUCUUAUACUAAGAUGAAGGAAGGCUGUUUGUUUUUAAGCUCCUUUUUCUUUGUAAGGGACAAGAUCUUUUCAGAUUAUCAGGAAGAGACUCUACAGUAAUAGUGUGUUUUUAACUGCUUGUUUUCUUAUUGAAUUCUGAAAGCUUCUGAAUCCCUUCUCCCACCACUGAUAGUGAUCCCUAGUUUAUACUGGGAGAAGCCAGUUUUUUAAAAAAAGAGAUAAUAAUGGAUUGUUAAUAUCACAAUAACCCGAUUCCAUGCAUUUCCAUAGUUGCCACGGGUCUUUUCAUAUGAUAGAAUGUGCACAGAAACACCCUUGCCCCUUGUGAGCUGCAGAAGAUAAAAUGGGAAAUAUGCAAAUGGUAUGUUUUGGCAUCAGAAAAAAGGAAAGCACAGAGACUGUCACAAGCCAGGUUGCAUACAGAGGACACUUGGACAUCAUCAGAGAAGCUUAGAAACACAGUCAGGUCACUUGGGAAGCUUGGCAUUUUCACGUCUAGACUCUGGCUCCAUAUCCCAUGGAACUCUUCCCUGCUUUGCCUGUGGUCACUUGGUGUCAGGGAGUGAAUCAGGAUCCAAACUUGGGCCUGUUGGAUCUGGAGCUAAGAAGUAACCGAGAGUCGCACUAGGAACCUGCAACAACUGACUUCUUUGGACAGAAACAAGCUCUAGAAGAAUCUUCCAGACAGGGGCUGCCCUGGGGUCCUGUGCCGUGCAGCUCACACGGCACGCUCUGUCCCACACACAGUCAGCUGCACACCCCUGGGCUGGAUGCAGGCUGCUCUCUGAAUAGUCACGAUCAGUUUUUCCCAAGUGACCUUCUCCCCCCUCCCUCUUUUUCCUUUUUGCAGAUGUCCUUAAAAGGCUACCGCAAGGCUUGGAAUAAAAUGAAAACCGCCAAUGAGCAGUUGCAGGCAAUUUGCCCCCCUGGGAAGUAGCCAGAGGGAAGCAAUGGUGACAGACCAAAAAGUGAUCCAUUAAAGUAAUCAGCUCCUUUCUA